CAAUGGCCGUCAGCCGACGUCAGUAGAGCAUGGCGUGAAGUCCGGCGGCUCAGGCUGAGCGUUGGAAGCCAUUUUGGCUGCAACCUACCUGAAGCGAUGUCUGCCUUUGGUCACGACGUGGCCUGGAUGGAGGCCGGAGGCUUUGGUCUGGAGGCUGCCGAAAGAACGGAAUACCAGUCUCUGUGCAAAUCUAAACUCUUAUUCCUGGGAGAGCAGAGCGUAGGGAAGACAUCCAUCAUCAGCCGCUUCAUGUACAACAGCUUCGGCUGCGCCUGCCAGGCAACUGUUGGAAUUGACUUCUUGUCUAAGACCAUGUACUUGGAGGACCAAAUAGUUCAGCUGCAGCUAUGGGACACAGCUGGCCAGGAGCGCUUUCACAGCCUAAUUCCUAGCUACAUUCGUGAUUCAACUAUUGCAGUGGUUGUCUAUGACAUUACAAACAUCAAUUCUUUUAAGGAGACAGAUAAGUGGGUAGAACACGUGUGAGCAGAAAGAGGUGACGAUGUUGUCAUCAUGUUGUUGGGUAAUAAGAUUGAUUUCGAUAACAAAAGACAAGUCACUGCAGAACAGGGUGAAGAAAAAUCCAGAAACCUCAAUGUGAUGUUUAUUGAGACCAGUGCCAAAACCGGUUACAACGUGAAAAAGCUGUUCCGGCGUGUGGCUUCUGCCCUUCUUUCUACAAGGACUUCACCUCCACCAAAAGAGGGGAGUAUCCUUUUUCCUAGCUUUGCUGGGGUAGGGAGUAUACAAGUAGAGAAGGUAAGUUUCCUUGCUGAGUUGAUGCCUGAGUGGUACGUAAGGGGAAAAUGGGACUACCUUUAGCCCAAAGUAGUUCCUUCGUUUGCCUUUAGGUGAGAGGGAUUGUAAGAUCAGAAUUCCUCUUCUACAUCUCCUAGAAGCUGACCUUGGGUGUUAAGA